AUGACUUUACUAUUAGGGUCCCUUUUGUUUAUAAUAGCAUGUGUGUUCUUUUUUAUACGGUUAUACAUAGUUCUCAGGAAUGGACGUAACUGUAAACCCGGAAAAAAAGGUCGGAUUACUCUUCUUGUCGUCGCGGGAUCAGGUGGUCACACAACCGAAAUCCUGAGGUUGAUGAAGAGCCUUUCAGGUGCUUACACCCCUCGACUCUAUGUUAUUGCUGAUACAGACAGGAUGAGUGAGGAGAGAAUCAGAGCGUUUGAGAAAUCCAGACUCCUGGACUCUGAUCCACAGUUCACCAUUCAUCGGAUCACACGGAGCCGAGAGGUACAUCAGUCAUGGAGUUCUUCAGUUCUAAGCACUCUGAAUGCCCAGUUUCAUGCUAUACCACUCAUCUUCCGAGUCAGGCCUGACAUGGUGCUGUGUAAUGGCCCAGGGACCUGUGUUCCCCUUUGCAUAGCAGGACUUCUACUUGGAAUUCUGGGAAUUAAGAAAGUAUUGAUUGUUUUCAUUGAAAGCAUUUGUCGGGUUGAGUCACUGUCGCUUACAGGAAAAAUCCUUUACCACUUUUCAGACUAUUUUUUUGUGCAGUGGGCCAGUCUGAGGGACAGCUAUCCAAAGUCUAUUUUCCUUGGUCCACUAGUGUGA